UGCAGCAAACAUUUAAAUAGAGCGUGUCUAGCUAUUACGCAGUAGAUGGGUUAAUAUAUAUAUAUAUGCCGUGCGUAGGCCUAUAGCCGACAUUCCGGACGGUUAGCGAUAGCCUAUUAAAAGUGUGCAGAAAGUUUUGUCUAAGAACAGAGUAGGGGCGGUCCACAGAAGAGGACAUGCGGCGCUCAUAUCUAGCUUACUAACUCAGUCAUGCAUUCAUACAUCACAGUGCAAACUCGUGGGUAAACACGACCACAUGCUCCAGAGGGCUGCGAUUAAUUCUAUAUUGGAUUUAAAAUUUGAGAAAAGCAAUCUAACAGUCGCCUGGAGUCUUCGCCAGCGAUAUUAAACCGAAGAUGAACUCCUACGCUUCGCUCACAGCACCCUUCGCUCCCACCACAAUGAGUGUGGUCAACCAAACCUGCCGCUUUGAAGAGGACUUUAAGUAUAUCCUGCUGCCUGUGUCCUAUGGACUAGUGUUUGUAGUGGGGCUGGCUCUGAACUCUCUUGCCAUGUGGAUGUUUAUAACUAAGAUGCGGCCAUGGAGCGCCAGCACGGUGUACAUGUUCCACCUCGCCCUGUCGGACACACUGUAUGUGCUCUCCUUGCCAACACUCAUCUACUACUACGCCAACCGCAGCCACUGGCCCUUCGGCGUGGUCACCUGCAAGACGGUCCGCUUCCUGUUCUACGCCAACCUCUACAGCAGCAUCUUGUUCCUCACCUGUAUCAGCGUCCAUCGCUACCUGGGCAUCUGCCACCCUAUCCGCUCCCUCACCAUGAUCAAACCCCGUCACGCCCACCUGGUGUGUUUCACGGUGUGGGUGGCCAUCACGCUGUGCCUGGUGCCCAAGCUCAUAUUUGUCACCACCACCAAGCGCGACAACGACACCCUGUGCCACGACACCACGCGGCCCGAGGACUUCCACUACUUCCUCACCUACAGCUCCGUGCUGAUGGUGCUGCUGUUCGUCAUCCCCUUCAUCGUCAUCAUGGUGUGCUACUGCCUGAUGGCCCGGGCGCUCUGCAGGCCCCGCAAAGGGCUGUCCUCCAGUCAGCAGAGCAACUCCUCGCGCACCAAGUCCAUCAAGCUCAUCGUGGUGGUGCUGGUGGUGUUUGCCGUGUGCUUCGUCCCCUUCCACAUCACCCGCACGCUCUACUACGUGUACAGGUUCCUGGACGCCGACUGCGCGUUUCUCAACGUGGUCAACUUUGCCUACAAGAUCACGCGUCCCCUGGCCAGCGUCAACAGCUGCCUGGACCCCAUCCUCUACUUCCUGGCCGGCGACCACUACCGCUCCCGGCUGCUGCGCGCCUUCACCCGGCAGACCACCAACUCGCACUCCGCAGCCUACCAGCAGACGCCGUCCAACAACAACAAGAAUGACAUUGCUCUGGUCUACAAGAACUCGGAGGCCAAAGAAAGCCCCAAGUCAGAGCGGUAGCCUCACAAAACGUUUCGACACAGACAGGACAUACCACUGCGCCUGGAACGCACCGCACGGCGGUUGGCGAGAGAGCCGCUCUGAGGUCUGGUGCUGCUUGUGGGCCGCUAAUCAAGUGUGUUGAGACAAGCCUCGGUGCGGCAUCCGCAUCUCAGCCCUCAGAAGUUCAGCCCGAAAAGAGAGCCGGCAUGGCUGCUGCUGUAAACAAUAGGAGGCCCAAAAUACAGGCAAACUGUCCAAGAACGCUGAAACGCUUUUCACCUAACCACAUCCUGUGUGUACAUCUAACCUCCUCCCAAUUGUUGUCAUGUCUGUUUAUAUCACUGAGGGGCACAGCACGGGCAUGAAAGCCAGCCGAACCCACAGGCCAUCCAUAGGAGAGCGGUGACUACACACAGACAGGCUGUGAGUGAGUGGCGCUCUGCAGUUGCUCUUUUUGGCCUGACCACUUCAUCUCACUGUACUGCCUGCUGGACAAAACGGCCCCUGUGUGCCUCUGAGGUGGAUUGUAGUCGCCUACCGCUGCCUCCGAGAAAUUCCAACACAGAGCCUGUUGUGUACCGAGUCUGAAAGCUUCUGUCUGGAGCACAAAGUCAUUCUAAUCUUCUCAUGCAUAGUGGUGCCUUGCCAAAGUUCUUUAUCAGGGCAUUCAGACAGUGCGGCGCAUUGUGCAGCGAAAAGCUGCGAGGAAAUUGAGCAUUUGAAUGUGAAGAAACUGUUGCCAACACAAGAGGAUGAUAGCGUAACAACGCCACCAAUUCACAUUCAGAUUUGUGGUCGGAACCCAGUGGAUCCACAGCUCAUGUUACAGAUUAAACAUGGCAUCUUGGGAAAUGUUGGAGAUAGGAGCGUGGGAGGUGUGUGUGUGUGUGUGUGUGUGUGUGUGUGUGUGUGUGUGUGUGUGUGUGUGUGUGUGUGUGUGUGUGUGUGUGUG